AUGGGCCCCGCGGGCGGUGGCGCCUGGGAGCCGCUCGCCCAGCCGCGCGGCGGGCUCCCGGCGGGCACCCCGCGGGCUGCGGCGCUGGUCGCCGCGGCCGCGCUGGGCGCGCUGGCCCUGCGGGCGGCGCGCGGGGGCCCCGGGGCCGCCGCUGUCGCCGCGCCGCGGGGCGCGGCGGAGUACCUUGGCCUCCGGGAGUCCGGGCAGGAGGUGUCGGAGGAGAAGGGCACCCAGGCCCGCACGCACCUCCGCAGCGGUGGUGGCCAGGGCGCGGUGUGCAGGCGAACCGAGGCCCAGAAUCGAUCGGAGUCGGGGCUCAUGUGCUUCCUGGUCAUGCAGUCGAGCACGGACGAGCUCUCGCUUGUCCAGAACCAGCUCAGGACGGGCGCUGGCAUCUUUGCCUGCGACGCUUUCGUCGUCUUCAGUGACGAGAUCAUGCAGAUCGGGGAGUAUGGCAUACUUCCGACCGCGCUUAUGACCACCGUCAUUCCCGGGAUCAGCCUUCAAGCUCCCGCUGGGACGUUGUCGCACAUCAUCAACUCCAGAAUCUUCCUGCACGCCUGGCAGCUCCUGUCCGAGGAGGUGUGCUUCAACGAGACGGACUGGUUCGUGAAGGUUGACCCGGAUACGGUGUUCAUGCCGCGGCGCCUCAGGCCCCGGCUUCCCAAAGGCUGGGGCUCCAGCGAGCCAGCGGGCAUCUACAUGCGCAACUGCGAGGUGGCAGCCCCGACCGACCUGGGCUUCUACGGCGCCGUGGAGGUGCUUUCGCGCAGGGCGGUGCUCGCCAUGCUGGCUGGCCUGGACGAGUGCAAGGCAAACUUGGGGGUGAACGGUCUCAACUACCUCGCGUUCGGCGAGGACCUGUUCACUCAGAUGUGCCUGGACCACGUCGGCGCAGCUCGGAGGUACGACCCCGGGCUCCUGUCCGACGCUUUCUGCAGCUCGCGCCCCUCGGCGGACUGCUCGAGUGGCGCGGUGGCGCUGCACCCCUUCAAGACCGUGGACCAGCAGGUGGACUGCAUCCAUCAGGCGGCCCUUGCGGAGUCUGCGCCUCCACCGCCGUGGGUCGCCGAAGGGCCCGAUUCCCGUGGGCUGGGAGCAUAG